UCCAGGCGGGCGGAACGCUUCAUACGUACUAAGAAAGCGAUAGCUGCUGCUUAUCCUUCGAUUCGAAGUCUCCUCGGUGUUGCGACUUGUCGAAUUUCUUUUCUGAAAAGAAAAUGUCGUUUCCCCAGCACCUGGCAAUGUCCACGAAGAUCAAGGCAUUACAAACCAAAAUAGCUCGAAGACCGGGUCACCAUUACUACUGGGAGUACGGAUACACAACGCUAAGCUGGAAGAAUGUCGAAACUCCCCCACCUAAAGCGGUCGGAUACACGGUGCGAAUUUUCGGAUUCUUCACGAAGGCCGGGGGCACAACCGAAGUCAGACUUCGCUAUUCAAAUAAAUACUUCCUGUCCGCAAUGAUAGAGCAGGGCCAAUACAAAUGUUACUCAUCCGGUUACGACAACUCUGAUAAGAAAAGGUAUACCGCGAAACCGAUACGAGUGCCCGAGCAGAGCUUCUUUUCUAUUGCUGUCAGAAUACAUAAGUCGAACACACUUGGCUCGCUGUACGAGGAGUACGUCAUGUUCACCGAGAAUGUUGGCGACAUCAUGUCGUAUAAAUACGACCUUGGUCUUGCAACUACUGGGCAUUCUAUAGUCUCCCUGCAUAUCACAAAUGAAGUAACUGACAUGACAUCACCGUACUGGGGCAGUGACUCAAUGCUCAAAUUUUAUUUCCCAGUAAACACAGUUGGCGUCUACACAGUGUACGUGAAAGACGGCAACCCGGUCGACGUGUACAUUCAGUUGGAGUACGAGAGCGGCUCAGCGAAAGAGUACUUCACCAAUAAAGUCGCGCAGGGCCAAGAACUUUGCUUCGUCGUCACGUUGUCAUCCAGGCAGAUUAUGGUCUCCAACGACUUCGACCUUAGGAAACCGGUCGCCUUCGUUGACAUGUCGGCGCCCUACUACGUCGCUGCACAAUUCCCCUCUGAACUCGUCCUAAAGAACCUCGAAGUGGUGAGCACCAGACCUUACUAGACAAGGCGACGAGCGGUUUUCGUACUUCUUCACAAGGCGUAUGAACGUCUCCGCUUCACUUCAUUGCGGAACAUUAUCCUAAACGGAGGUUCUCUUUGAAAGGAAAUAAAUUGAUUUACUGACAAAGCGUAA